AUGUACUCCAUGGUCGGUGCCGCAGGCGUCCUUGGACUGUCACUCUGCAAGUGGGCGCUCAAAAAUGGUGCCAAACACCUAGUCAUCACCUCCUGCAACCCCAGUGUCGACCCUAUCUUCCUCUCUGAGACGCAGCGUCUUGGCGCUUCUGUCCGCGUUCUCCUGAUCGACGUCACUUCUCAAGAAUCCGUUGAGGGCGUGGCUCAGUGCGCCAUGUUGUUGCAGGACAGGCUCUUACUCGACAUGAGCAGCGACGAGUUGAACGGGACGCUCGCGGCAAAGGUAGAAGGGACCGAAAUUCUUGACUUCGAGUUUUCUCAGUUCGAGCCUUCAUCGGCACAGCAGGGAGACAAACCUGACUUUUUCGUCAUGCUCUCGUCCUCCGCCUCCACCACAAACUACCACAUCGGCAACCUCUUCAUAACGUCCCUCGCCGCGGCCCGUCGAGCGCACGGCCUGGCCGGGUCGGUGAUCCAUAUCGGCCACAUUACUGGUGUAGGCUACAUUGUUAAAUCCAAGGAGCGGACAAAUCACCUUGUGGAGCACUUUGAUGCAAUCCGCUUGAUGAGAUUGUCCGAGACGGAUGUGCAUUAUGCUUUUGCACAGGCUAUGAGGGGUGGUAGGCUGGGUAGUGCCAUCUUGCUGAACAUCGCCUUAGGUAUUGAGCCUCCAACUAAGCCUGUGCCUGCAGGCGAGGUUGAGGGGCUGGAGAGUAGGAUUCACUGGCUGAGGGAUCCGAGAUUGGGCGACAUGACGCCUGUGAUCCUGUUGCAUGGUAGUGACCAGGCUGCUGCUGGUGGCGAUGCAACUGCUGCUGGUGGAAGUGUCAGACAGUGGGUUGAGAUGCAAAGGGUGAAGAGGAAGCGGUUGUAA